AUGACACUAAUUCAAAAUGAACAUCCAGAAAUUAGUAAUAUAAUAAAUAAUAUUCAACAAAAUCAAAAGAAUAAUAAAAUCAAUGAUUUGAAAAAUUUUUUAGAGAAUUCAAAACAUUUUGGUGAUUUUAGAAAAUACUUAAUUGAAAAGAAUAAGUAUUCAUUGGCAUCAAUGUUACAAUGUUAUGAAUCGAUUCAAUCAUUUAAACAAUCAUUUUUAGUAGAUAAUCCACCAUUUAAUUUAAAAUUAGCAAAUGAUAUCAUAUCAACCUUUUUAAUUAAACCAACAAAUUCAAACGUUUCACCAAACUCGAGUAAUUCAAAUUUAUUUUCAAAUAAUAAUAAUAAUAAUAAUAAUAAUGGAACAGGAUCAUCAUCAUCAUCAUCAUCACCACCACAAUCACAACAACCAUCAUCAUCUUCAUUUUAUAUUGGUUUCAUUGAUGCAAGUGUUUAUAAUAGUUUAAAAGCUUUAUUAGAUCCAUUGUGGCAAAAACCAACUUCUUCAAUUUCUUUAAAUAGUUCUGUUAAUACAACAACAACAACAGCAGCAACAACAACAUCUAAUAACCCAUUAUCAACAUCAUCAUCAAGUAUUGGUGCUGGUGGUUCAUUAUUUGAUUCAUCACCAUUAGAUUCUGAUUCUGAUUUAUUUGGUACCCCAACAACACCAGUACCAAUACCAACACCAACAAAAACAACAACAACAUCAACAGUUGAGGAUCCAGAAGAACCAACUAAAGAACAAAUAAAUAAACAAAAAGAGAUUAAAGAUGAUUUAUCAACACAUGUCACCCAUAAUUUAUUCGAUAUAUUAAUUGAAUUCUUAAUAUUCAAAUUAGAGCCUGAAUUUAGAAAAUAUAUGGCCAUAAUUACUCCAAAUAACGAACAAAGUUUUAACCCAUUAAAUAGUAAUAAUAAUAAUAACAAUAAUAAUAAUAAUACAAAUACAAAUUCAAAUAUGGUAUUUGAAUCACCAUUAACACCAAAGAAAGAGGAAGUUGCAGCCAAUUUUUAUAUAAAUAAUUUAAAUAACAGUAGUAAUAGUAUAAACUAUAAUAGAUUAGAAGGAGAGAAUAGAAUAGUAUGGUUUGGAGAUCAAGAUCAUAUUCCAGUUUACUAUGUGGAUCAUUUAGGUGGUGCAAUAAUUCAAGCAUUACUAUAUAUAACCGAAUUUAGAUUCCUAUUCAUUAGUAAACUAACUAUGACCGAAUUAACAUGGAUACCAUUAGCAACAGUUUAUCGUAUUGAAAGAGUAACAAGUUUUAGGUUUGACAGUGCAAUUUCAAUAUGGGGUAAAAAUUUUAGGAGGAUUGAAUUUCAUAUUGAUCCAAAAGAGUUUAAACAACAAUCAUUUAAUACAUUAGGUGGUAUUUCUGUAAAUAAUAAUAAUAAUAAUAACAAUAGCAAUAAUAAUAAUAACAAUAAUAAUAAUAAUAAUAAUAAUAAUAAUAUGAAUAAUGGUAUGAAUAAUGGUUCACCUUAUAUUAAUGGUGGUAAUAAUGGUGAAUAUAUUGGUGAUAUCACUCAACCAAUUAUAUUUAGAAUGAGAAUAUUUGCUUUUCAAGAUGUAUCAAAUUUAUUUGCAUUCAAAUAUUCACCAAAUAAAUCACAAUUACAAGAUGGUUGGAGAAUAUUAAAUGAUUUUGGUGAAUGGUUACGUCAAGGAAUUCUAUCAGAGACAGCAGGUUACAAUAUGAAAUGGCGUUACUCUGAAAAGAAUAUUGAAUAUAUUAAUCCAACCUAUCCAAAAUGGUUGGUUGUACCACAUAAUAUUUCCGAUGAAGAAGUUGGUAUUUGUAUGAAUUUCCGUUCAAAAGGUCGUAUUCCAGCAUUAUCUUGGAUAAGUAGAGAUGGUGUACCUUUGGCACGUUCAUCACAACCAAUGGUUGGUAUCACUAGACAAAAGAGUGUUGUUGAUGAAAAGUUGGUGGAUUCAAUUCGUAUGGCUUGUCCAAGUGGUAAAUCAUUAUUCCUAUUGGAUGCUCGUCCAAAAGCAAAUGCAAUUGCAAACGUUGCAAAAGGUAUGGGCUAUGAAUUGAAUUACAAUUGUGAUAUUGAAUUCCUUGGUAUUGCAAAUAUUCAUUCAAUGCGUGACUCUAUCAAUAAAUUGGAACAAUUUUGUCAAUCAAAUAACGAUGAAAAUUGGUUAAGUGGUCUUAAUGAAACUCGUUGGUUAGAUCAUAUUCGUACACUUUUAUUAGGUGUAGCCAGAGCAGUCAGUCUCAUCAAUAAAGGUCAUCCAGUUUUAUUGCAUUGUAGUGAUGGUUGGGAUAGAACUUCUCAACUCUCCUCUCUAACUAUGAUCAUUCAAGAUCCAUACUUUCGUACUAUUGAAGGUUUCCAAGUUUUAAUCGAAAAGGAAUGGUUAAGCUUUGGUCAUUGCUUUAUGAAUCGUGUAAGACAUGGUGAUCGUAAUUGGUACUCUGAUAGUCAACGUUCACCAGUAUUCCUUCAAUUUAUCGAUUGUGUUUAUCAAUUAAUGAAUCAAUAUCAUGACUACUUCCAAUUCAAUGAAAACUAUUUAAUUACAAUCUUGGAUGCCCUUUACUCUUGUCAAUUUGGUACAUUCCUUUGUAAUAGUGAAAAGGAAAGACAAACUAUUAAAAAGGAUACAGUAUCACUUUGGAGUUAUAUAAAUUCAAAUCCAUUGACUCCCUAUCUAAAUCCAUUCUAUAUUUCCUAUGAACAUGAAACAUCAAGAGCUUUCCAUUUACCAGAAUGGAGAAGUGAACAUAUUACCCUAUGGAAAGGUUAUUACCUUCGUUAUUGGAGAAAUCCAUUAAAGGAACCAAUGGAUUGGCAAAAGGUCUCCAUUGGUUUAAAACUUAAAAACAAUCAUCUCUUACGUCAAAUCCAAGAUUUAAUACUUCAAAAUCAACAAUUAACAUUGGAUAAUUUAUCAUUACAAGAAGAAAAGUACAAACAAACUCAAGAAGUUGAAAAUGAGAAAUUAGAAAAUCAAGAAAAAGAAAAAAGUGAUCAUAGUAAAAAAUUAAAUCAAGAAAAUGAUAUCACCAUACCACUCAAUAAUGAAACUAUAUUAAACGAAAGUGAACCUGUUGUAGAAAAUGAAAUAAAUCAAUAA